UGAUGAUACAACUCCUUAUCUAUAAAAUCGAAUGAUCAAAGACAACAAAGUUUUAAGAAUGAUUAACACAAUAAAAUUAGCAAACAGAGCACAAAUACCACCCUCUGUUCUGUCAAAUCCUUUGCCAUACCAUAUUGCUAGAAACAAUUCAGACAUCAGAUUUCGACAAUUUGUAACCUCUGCUGGACAACCAGACAACAACAACAUGGAUCAAACUAAUAACAAACCUCAACAAGACAAAGCUGCGGAUACGAUGUCAAGUAGCUAUGGAGAUGCAUAUGCAACAAGAUCAGAUGAAGAAGGUUUUGGAGGGAUUUAUGGUGGAAACAAAGAGGAUGAAGAAAAUAUUGAACAUGGCAAAGCUCCUGAGUAUGAAACUAAACAAGGAAGUGAAGUCAAAGAGAAGGAGAAGGCUCGUAAUCAGCCUCAAGCAGAUUGAUUUUUUUUUUUAUCAUAACGCAUCUUAAAUACAUGUGUAUUUAUUAAUAAGGUUUACUAAGAGAUGUUUAGUUUCGUUGUAAUAUUAUUAAGGAACGUUUAAUGUUUCAUUACUAUGUUUUUUUUUUUGACUUUUGACUUUUUGUCAUUCUUUUUAACACUCUAUUUCACGCUUGAUGCCUAACAUGAGUGUCACAUUGUGAUGUGUACAAUUUUUUAUUCUGGAGUUCCAA